CGGUUAACAACAUUUCUGGGCAGUAGGCUAUUAGUUGUCGUUAGCAAAGCAUACCUAAAGAUGCAGUCUACACGAUGUAAAUUGACAGAGUGCAUGUGUUUGUCGAGGGGACAUGUAUAGCCUUUAUUUUCAUGCGAUUUAAUGGUGAGUCUGAAAAACCACACGCAACCCGUCGCAAGACCAAAGCACGUGCGAUUCCAGUUCCACUAGCCUCCUACUUCCUAGGCAGAAGCGCAUGGAGGUGCAAAUCGCAUGUUGCUUACCUGUAGCGAUGUCAUAACGCAACCAAUGUCGCCGACUUCGUCUAACCGUAGCCUAAUUCCCCUACACUACUGAUACGACACCCCUCCCCCUAACUAGUGAAAGAAUUUUCAUCUAUUCAAUCGAGCUCAUCCAAAUUCAGUGCGCGGAUUUCACGAAUACAAUUGUGGCUGAAGGGGAUGAAAGAGCGACCGAACUUUCAGGGUGGAGAGCCCUCCGUCGUUUAAGGGAACACCGUCCGCGUGACCGCAGAAAGGACCCCCCCGCUUCCUCCGUCAGAGCCCAACGCCCCCGCCCUUGCCUCCGCGCCUCCGCCUGUCUCCUGCGUCUGCUGAGGGAGGUGAGGACCGGGGACAGCGAUGGCGGUGAAAGUCUGCCGGACCUGCUGCAGAGGCCUGUACAGCUGCUCCUGGAGCCAGCGGAGCAACCCCCCCCAGAGAUGUGCGUGUUGCUGGUUCUCCAUCGUCUCCCUGGUGUCUCUGCUGGCCUUGUUCUGGAUGUAUGUCUGGCAGGUUAUGUAUAAUGACCGUGACGAUGUCAACUCGUUUGGUUUCAGGAAGUUGAAUAUAGGGAAAUGGAUUAACUGGUUCAUGGUUGUGGUCAUCAUUUCCGCUGUUUUGGCGAUCUACUGCUGCUUACUACUGCUGUUUGCACUGUUUCAAGUUGCCCUGGGAGAAGCCUUGGACCUGCACUGGCUCCACAAGGUGCUGCUGUUUCUGGCAGCGCUCAUCAUCGCGAUGGGGAUCGUCGGGAUAAGCCGAGACGGGAAUUGGGAGGCCGUAUAUCUGUCGCUGCAGGCUACAGCUCCGUUCCUGCAGCUGGGUGGAGUUGUUGCUCUGGCUUUGCUCAGCUGGUUUGUCUUCCAGAGAGUCUUCAGGGCAGAGAGUACAGUGUCCAGAGCCGCCACCCUGCUGGUCUUUGUGGUGGUGUCCAUCCUAAUCUUCCUCUGCCCCCUCUUCAUCGAAUCCCCCUGUCUGCUGGAAAAGCUCCCCCAAAAACCUGCCCUCAUAGGCCACCGCGGAGCUCCCAUGCUGGCUCCUGAGAACACCAUGAUGUCCUUCAGGAAGGCUGCGGAGUGUGACCUGUUUGCCUUUGAAACGGAUGUCCAGCUCAGCAAGGAUGGAAUCCCCUUCCUUUUGCACGACCACGAGGGCCAGUUCCUAACGAGAACGACCGACGUGACGGAGACGUACGAGGGUCGAGAGUACAGCUCCAGCUCGAACUUCACCUGGCUGGAACUACAGAAACUGAACGCCGGAAAAUGGUUCACCAAGAGCGAUCCCUUUGGCACGGUCUCCUCGCUCUCCGACCGCGAGGUGAAGGAAGCCCAAAACCAGAGCCUCCCCGCCCUCUCUGAGCUGCUGGAGCUGGCCCAGAAUCGCGGCAUCUCCGUCAUGUUCGACAUGAAGUCCGACGCGGGCAGCAUCAACGACACGAGCCUCACAGUGCAGGCCAUCCGCAGAUCCAACAUCUCUCCCAGCCUGGUGCUAUGGCUGCCCCCCAAACACAGGGACCUUGUUAAGGAGAUGGCCCCCGGGUUUCGGCACAUGUACGCCAGUGAGACCAAAAUGCGCAACGAAAGCGGGGACCUGCUGAACAUGAAGUUUAGUAAACUGGCGUCUAAACAAAUACGGGAGCUCCAGAGCAGGAACGUGACGGUGAACAUGUGGGUGGUGAACGAGCCCUGGCUCUUUUCCCUGCUCUGGUGCUCUGGAGCCGGCUCCGUCACCACCAACGCAUGUCACCAUUUCCAGAACAUGACUGGGCCCAUCUGGCAGCUGACUCCUGGUACGUACAGAAUGAUAUGGAUCUGCGUUGAUGUGGGAGCGCUGGUAGUGAUGGUGUUGGUCUUUCUCUUGGUGAGGAAACUGGAGUCCAGGAACAGAGCCAAUUUCAAGAAUAAGGAGCAUCACCCCUUCUUGCCCAUUGCACAAACAUAGUUUCAGGUCAUGAAUGGUUGCUGACUUUUACUGCCUUCUGAAGAUAACAUGGGUGCUGUUGGUGGCAAAAUCACUCUCUGCUGUUCACGCAAUGGACUGAUUUAAAAGCCGAAACGGGUCUGUUAUGCAGAGGGUAACGUUGCACUGAAUCUGUCUAUCCCUCCGAUUACUGUGAAUCAUUCCAUAAUAUGUGAAACGCGUAACAUGUGAGAGGCCGCACUUGCCCGGUGCUGCCCUCUAGUGACUCAAAUGCCACAUUGCUGUAACACUGCCUCUUCACUGUCUGUCCUUCAUUCUUCGCUUUUGAUGGAUCUAGCGACAUCUGGUGACUGCCGUUACAGAAGUACAUUUUCACGCUCUAAACACCAAACACCACCGUUUGUAAUGAACCUAGGAUGCAAGCGCUUAUUUUUCUUAGAAAAGAAUCCAGUGGUCGCGUAUUUUACAGAAAGAAGACUGCUCAGAGACAACCAACAAUGUCAAUAUUGAGCAACAUAUCAAACCUCCCCAGUAUAGGCAUAAAAAAGCACAAUUUUUUAUUAUGUCAUAUAAAAGAAAAUGUGCUGAUAUAGAUUUCAAUCUGAUUUUAGCUUAUUUGUCGGAUGCCUGGUUAUUUGUAGAGAAUUAAAACCAUUUUAUGUAUGAGUGCAAGAAAAUACAGUAUGGCUGGAUGUUUUUAUUUUUUCUGUUGUGACACAUUUUUUUGUGUAAAAACUUUUAAAUUUUAUGCUCAUUUUAACAUUGUGUGAGUCACGUACUUGCAACAAAAAUAACAUUAGACAUGCCUGUUUUAAAUGUAUUAACAGCCAAUGCUUUGUAUUGACUUUUCAGAAUAUAAUUAUGGAUUUUGUAACAUUGGAGCAAUGCGUUUAAACUUCAUAGCUGUCUGAUUUUGUGCUUUGUAGACUUGUUGGGGGUUCACAUGCACUAUGAUUCUGCUGGGUAUUCUGAACUAUUGUAUUUUGUCCUUUAUUUUGAAUCUUGUACAAUUCAUGACAUUUAUUCAUAUGCUUGCUAUAUACACCUCCUAUAUGUUGGUAAUAUACACUCACCAAGCACUUUAUUAGGAACAUUUUUGCUUUAUUACACCUACUUAUUCUGCAGUUAUCUAAUCAGCCAAUUGUGUGGCAGCAGUGCAAUACAUACAGUCAUGUAGAUACAGGUCAGGAGCUUCAGGUAAUGUUCACCUCAGCCAUCAGAAUGGGGGGGGGGGGAAAUGUGAUCAAAGUGACUUUGACCGUGGAAUGACAGGAAGAUGACAGUAACGCAAAUAACCACUUAUUACAACAGUGGUAUGCAGAAGAGCAUCUCUGAACACACAAUGCAUCAUGACUCUAAGUGGAUAGGCUACAGCAGUACAAGUCUAAAAAAUAAGUAAUAAAUACCUAAUAAUGUGCUCAGUGAAUGUACUUUACUUUACCAUAAACCAGGAGGGCACAACUCCGGUCCAGGAGGGCAGAUCAACUUGCUGGAUUUUGUUCCAACCAGUUACCUUAAAACAGAUCAGCCCUAGCUGUGCACCCCUGCCAUAGACCAAGGAGGUUUAUAAACACAUUAAAUGUUUUUUGUCUCAAAACGUUUACCUAGAUCUAUCUACAGUCUGUUUCAGAUUGCUUUGUUUGAUACAGUUUGUAGUUAAUAACUCAUUAAUUCUUUUUGCAAGCACAAUAAAUGCCAGGCCACAUUC